CUCUUGUAAAUACCGCCUACAACUUCUGUAAAAUAAAAUCUAAUGCAAAAUUAAUACAUUUUAUAAUGAAUUUCUCAUUACUUGAAGCAUACAAUUAGAGAAAGCUCAAUGUGUCUAUAAUAAAUCAUGCCGACUGAAUCCGUAUAAGUUACCGAAAAGAGUAAAUCUUUCCAGUUCUACUUCUAAAACGUUAUGAAUACUUCAAAGUUAUUAGGAAAAAUCUCGCAAGUCGUCUUCAAACAGAAUAAGCUCCAAAAUUAUGUCAGAAAAUAAUUGUUAGAUAUAUUCCCAAAGGGUUACCUGUUAGGAGAUAAUGAUCAGUAGGUCGAUCAGACCGAAAUGUCAAAUUGGGAGUUUGGUUGCAACAACAUUUAAAUUAUCUCGAAAAUUACUGCAUUUUUACAUUUUGGAAGAUUAUUGUUAUAGGGUGGGUGCUCCUAUAGUUGAGGUGUACCAAUAGUUGCAGUAGUGGGUUAUACGACUAACUAAGGUACCAACCAUCAACAAAUCUUUUUUUAUCGAUUCAUCGCACUAAAAUUUUGCGAUAAUAAAAUCAUUAUCCUUGAAAUUUGUUCAAAAAACUAUUGUAAAAAUUUAUUUUCUUCGAAUUUUGAGCUCCCUUGCACCUAUAGAUCUAAUGUAUCUAUAGUUGCAAGUCCCUUUGAAGUGAAUGGGAUUUGCACAAACAGGAACCGAAAUUAGCGAUUGCACCUGGUACAUGUGUUCCUGGUGGUACAAGCGGUUUUGAAUACAUUAAUUGGAUUUUAAACUUUAUAUUUUUCCUAUGAAGUAGGGAUUAAAAGCUUUCGUUUAAUGUAUCAACAUUUCCCAUAUGCCUAUUCAUCGAUUUUUACCAAAAGUUUAAGUAUGCGACUAUUGGUACAUCCACCCUAAGCAUUUUGGCUUUGGAAUUAUAUUUUAUGUUUUUAUCGUUGGACAUCCGACAACAAAAAUAACAAAAUAUAAUAUUAAGUUUUAAUUAUUUGAUAAAUAUCACAUUUUGCAGUGAAUAUUCUCUCAUAACGAAAACGUGAUUCCCGGUAACUCAUUUUCGAAUAGUUUUACUACAGAGAACAGACAAACACGUCGAGCGACGUGUUGUAAAAAUUAACGAUCUAUUCAAAAUACCUAUUGCUGGAAUUCUGCCGGUUGUUCGUAACGUCGGUUAGUGGGUUAGUGGCAAGUUGCAACUUGCUGCUGUUAUUUGAAAAGGAUCGUCAUUUAUCUUACACACGCUGAAAACAUGAUUUGCACGUCAGUCAUUAGUGGUUAAAAGUCAUAAUAGAUUCUCGAUACCGCGAUUCAAGCUUAGACUAAACGCGUACCAGACACGAACUCACACGGGCGUCCUCCCAAUCCAUGGUGGGACAAAGAGUGCUCAGACGUGUACGCGGAGAAGGCCGCUGCGUAUAAGACCUUCCGGGACGAUGGGCUGCCAGCUAGCUACCGACAGUACGCGAUGGCGGAAACGCGCAUGAAGAGUUCGAUGAAAGCCAAAAAACGUAGCUACUGGCGCCGGUUCGUCGACGGACUAACGAGAGAAACAUCGAUGAGCACUCUUUGGAGUACGGCCCAGCGCUCACGAAACCGAAACAGUACUAACGAGAGCGUGGAAUAUUCAAACCGUUGGAUAUUCGAUUUCGUCAAGAAGGUUUGUCCGGAUUCCGCCCCGGCACAGAAGAUCUACCGCGCCGCGUCCCCUCACGAUACCGCGAACGAAACACCGUUUUCGAUGGUGGAGUUCUCACUGGUUCUCUUGUCAUGUAACAAUAAAGCCCCAGGGCCAGACAGAAUGAAAUUUAACUUGUUAAAGAAUCUGCCAGACUCUGCCAAGAGACGCUUGUUGAAUUUAUUCAAUAGGUUUCUUGAGGGUAAUAUUGUCCCUCAUGACUGGAGUCAAGGCCAUUCAAAAACUAGGAAAACCAGCCUCCGACCACAACUUGUUGAUGAUCUUGUUUCGUCUGGACUAUUGGGUUGAAGCAAAUGGCUUACUGCCAGAUACACAAUUUGGUUUCCGCAAAGGCAAAGGCACGAACGACUGUCUUGCGUUGAUCUCGACCAAAAUUCAAAUAGCUUAUGCUAGCAAAAAGCAGAUGGCAUCAGUUUUCCUAGAUAUAAAGGGGGCUUUUGAUUCAGUUUCUAUCAAAAUUAUUUCUGAGAAACUGCACCAGCAUGGUCUUUCACCGACUCUAAAUAACUUUUUGCUAAACUUGCUGUCUGAAAAACAUAAGAUUUUUUUGCAUGGUGAUUUAUCGACAUCAAUAAUUAGCUACAUGGGGCUCAUGUCUAAGCCCCCUUCGCUAUAACUUUUACGUGAAUGACAUUGACGAAUGUCUUGUCAAUUCCUGCACGCUAGGGCAGCUUGAAGAUGACGGUGUGGUCUCUAUUACAGGACCCAAAGCCGUCGAUCUGCAAAAACCAUUGCAAGAUACCUUGGACAAUUUGUCUGCUUGGGCCCUCCAGCUUGGUAUCGAGUUCUCCACGGAGAAAACUGAGCUAGUCGUAUUUUCAAGGAAGCCUCAACCAGCGCAACUACAGCUUCAAUUAAUGGGUCAAACUAUUGCUCAGGUUUCUAUUUUCAAAUAUCUCGGGGUCUGGUUCGACUCUAAUGGAACCUGGGGAUGUCACAUUAGGUAUCUAAAAAACAAACAAAAGUGCCAGCAAAGGAUUAACUGUUUCAGUACACUAACCGGAACAUAGUGGGUGCCCACCCAGGAGACCUGAUCAGGCUGUACCAAACAACGAUAUUGUCGGUGGUGGAGUAUGGGAGUUUCUGUUUCCGCUCCGCUGCGAACAUACAUUUCAUCAAACUACAGCGAAUCCAAUAUUGUUGUUUGCGUAUUGCUUUGUGUUGCAUGCACUCGACACAUUGCUGGUUUAGAAGUCAUUCUGCAGAAAAAUCGAUUUUGGGACUUCUCAUAUCGAUUACACAUCCGAUGGGAUAUCUUGAACCCGUUAGUAAUUGCAAAUUUCGAAAGGCUUGUCGAGCUCAAUUCUCAAAGCCGAUUUAUGUCCUUGCACUUCAUUACAUGGCACAAAAUAUCAAUCCUUCUUCAUACUAUCCCAACUGUGUCAAUCUCCCCCAUGCUUCUGAUUCAACUGUAUUCUUCGACACAUCCAUGAAGGCCGAGAUUCGUGGAAUCCCGGAUCACAUACGUGCGCAAGUGAUCCCAAGCAUCUUUCAUAGUAAAUUUCGAGAAGUCGAAUGCAACAAGAUGUUUUACACCGACGGGUCAAGCCUCGACGGCUUCACUGGCUUCGGUAUAUUCAUUCAAAAUCUCACCUCCUCAUUCAAACUCAAUGAUCCUGCUUCAGUUUACGUGGCAGAACUUGCUGCUAUUCAGUAUAUCCUUGGGAUCAAUGAUACUUUGCCCACCGAUCAUUACUUUAUUGUCUCGGAUAGCCUCAGCUCAAUCGAGGCUUUCCGUUCAAUGAAACCUAGAAAGCACAUUCUAUAUUUUCUGAGGAAAAUCUGGGAGCGCCUGCGUGCUUUGUCUGUAAGAUCGUACAAGAUUACCUUAGUUUGGGUUCCCUCGAAUUGCUCCAUUCCAGGUAAUGAAGAAGCGGACUCUUUAGCUAAGGCUUUACAAGGUAACAUAUACAAAAGACCAAUUAGCUUCAGCGAAUUUUUCAGUAUUACUCCUCCGAGAACCCUCGAAAGUUGGAAAACUUCAUGGAGCAACGGUGAACUGGGAAAGUGGCCACAUUCGAUAAUUCCUAAGGUAUCGACCUUAGUUCAAGGGGAUGGAUGUGGGUCGGGAUUUCAUUUGCGUGAUGUCUCAGCUCAUGUCCAAUCACCACAUGCUGGACGCUCAUCUCCGGCGUAUUGGGCUCGCGGAUAGCGGUAUCUGCGCUUAUGACAACGGUUAUCACGAUAUCGAACAUAUUGUCUGGGCAUGCGCCGAGUUCUGUUCUGCCGGAUGUACUAGCAAGCCGCGAUCUCCUCUACAUGUCCCUUAUAUACACGUUCCUCAAAACCAUCAAUAUCCAAAUUUAAAUGCCCCUAUCAUUUCUCUUAUCAUUCCCAGAAGUGCCCUCUUCCGCCUACCGUACCCCAACGAUGGUCUGAUGCGACUCCAAGACGAGACAAAACAUGCGCAACGCGGUGUGUUGGCGAUCCGUAUCUGAGCCGUACUACGAAAUCGUCUAGAGGAACCCCCGUUGGCUCGAGAAAGACCGCCCGGUGUCCCAAUACAUGAUGCAUCCGUCCGAAUCUGUAAUCCUGGCCUUUGAUUCCCGAUGCCAGAAACUGAAAGCUUAUAUCUGUCUCCCCCCCUGUUAGCCUUGUCCACCCUCUCUCCCAUGUCUCUGAUACACAGAAGUAGGACUUCACCUCUUCCCUUCUUCCCCUUGAAUAUCUUCACAAAACUUAUGAGCCCCGCUAUCUUCUAGUCUUAGUUGAUCAAUAUUCAAUCUCGUUAAGGAAUGCCCAACAGUACCACUACUUUAAAAUAGCCCUAAUUAACCCCUCCCCCCUAAUCUUAAUAAAAUUGAACCACUCCCUCUAAAAAUAGAUAACGAAAGAGAUUUGGCCCGAUCGAUGAGAGGGAGAGGUGACGAUCUGCUUUUAGGAGAAAUUGGGGGUCGAUGGGUUAAUUAGGAGGUAUUGGAGGCUGCGACGGUGAUCACGAAACUGUUGGGAACAUGUGAUGGCAUCAUCACAGAUUCUCGAUAGCGGAGUGGUUAACGCACCCAACUAGAGACUGGGAGAUCGUCGGUUCGAUUCCUGCUUGAGGACAUAUCUUUUCUCAGUGUUUCCAAUAAAGGUGAAUUUUCACCGUUUCUUCGUUCUCACCGUCAUUCUUUUCAUUGUUUUCCAGUAGACACGUUCAUAAAAAUCAUUGAAAAAGGAAAAAACAAAGACUCACGUCAAAACAACGAAAAUAACACUCCCUCUAGUUAUUUCUAGUUAAUACGCUUGUAAAAUGUUUCGCUUAGUUCAUAAUUAAUUGCUCCAACAAUCUCCCUUCCAAAAAUCAUAAAGUGCAUUACUAUACAAAGAACACACAAAAUGACCAGUCUUCCUAAUCUUACGAAUAUUAUAUUAUCCCCUCUUGUAUAUUUAUAAGUUAGCUGUAAAGUUUUUUUAUAUAAAGUUAGCUGUAAAGUUUUUAUAUAUAUAAAAUAAAAUAAUACACUGAUAAUAUAUAUUCGUAAAUAUAAUACAAUCGAUCAUGCAAUGCACGAAUUCAUUCGUCGUUUUCUGCAACGAAGUAUUUUCGUGCAUUCUAAAUAGUAGGUUUCAUUCAUUUCAUAUACAAGAAUGGUCGCUUGGUGAACGAAAGCUUUCGUAAAUUUUACACAUUUAAUGUACACUGCACGAAUGUUAUCGUUGAUAACGACAUUAUUUUUCUUGAAUGAAACGAAAUGUUUCGUUUAUUCUAAUAAACGUUUAUGUAUAUCAAAUGAUUUCAUUGCUUUCACGAAUUUAUUUCGUUCAUCUUAAGCUAAGUAUGCACCUCUUGCGAAAUGAAAUUUCCUAUACAAAAUCUAUGCAUAAAAAACGUCGCGAAUUGCUCGCGAAACAAAUUUUCGUUUCUAUUUCGUAAGCGGUACGCAGCUCUCGCGAAAACGAUAACGAAAAAUGAAGUUAGCUGAGACACGGUUCGACAUACGAUAAGUUUCAUAAUACUUCCGCGAGACAGCGCUGCUUUCUAUGCGCUGUCACCAAGGUAAACUUUUUCCUUGCGAAAUAAUAGGUUUGUUCCAGUACACGGAAGUCACUCCGGAGUAAACAGGAGCAAAAAAUCUUUGCUCCUUUUUACUCCGGUUUGCUACCAGAAGAAGAAAAAAGAGAAGAAGAGAGUACAGGAACGAUUUUCUCCGGAGUACUUCCAGUUUCUCCUGGUACUGGAACAGACCUAAUGUUCAGCGGUAUUAUUUCGCACGGAGGCUCGCGAAAUUUUGACAGCUUGCAAUGAAAAAUAUAAAAAACAAGAUUGCCAACCAACAUUAAAUCGAUACAACCGCAGCAGUACCAACAACUCCAAAUCCAGCAACACCCAACAACCCUCAAAAAAGGACCACAUAGCAAUUACUGCUCAAACGAACAACAGGAGUUUACGAAUGCUGGAC